CCCAACAAUAUCUGUCCUCUACGGCUGUUCAGCACACGGUGUCUUGACUGAUAUUGUUUACGCUGGCACCAACAAUAGCAACGCCGGCCGUUCAGUGAUCUGUUUUCACUUUCCGAAUAACCAGUCGACGUAUUUUCUGCGAGAUUUAAACCACAUCCCGGUUGUCAAACCCAACGACAAACAAUCAAACCCCCCCUCCCCCCCAAUUCUCUGGGAACAUUCCGAAACGUUUAUUUACUCUAUCAACGACACGACCCCGAAAUACUACACCAGACUAUGAUGAAGACCUUAGUGGACUGUACCCACGGUCUUGUGGCCGUGUGGCUCCUGGCUGCCCUCUCCGGGACGGCGAAAGCACACUCAUGGCCCGAGGAAGCCGUCCGCCUGGCACCAAACGGCGCCAUGGUCGGAAAGCCGGGCUACGACAGAGCCCAUGAUCCAAACGACUCGGCCGGAUUCCUCAUCCCGCCAAACGGCGGCUCCAAGCAAAUCACGCCAGAGCUCAAGCUCGUGAGAGACUCCCAACAGAAGUUGACCGAUGCCAGCUACCCUGCUCAGUUCCCGAUGCUGUCGGUCGCCCCCGGCGACUUUGUCGCCAUCAAACACCGUGAGAACGGCCACGUCAGCCGCGCCGACCAGACGAACCCGACCAAGCCAGUCAACCGUGGCACCAUAUAUCUCUACGGAACCACAGAGACCGACCUCACCAACAUGAAGCUCAUGGACGUCCAUUUGACAUGGACCUCUGAUGGUAAAGGUGGAGAUGGAAAGGGAAAGCUCCUCGCGACGAGGAACUAUGACGACGGCCAAUGCCAUGAGAGCAUCCCGAAUACCGGCGACAUCGAAGGUAUCGUGGGCUUCCGCAAGCAGUUCACAAAGACGGAGGCGGUACUCUGCCAGGCCGAUCUCCAGAUCCCCAACGAUGCCCCAGUCGGCAAGACCCUGACGGUCAUCUGGGUGUGGGACUGGCCCACCAUGAAUGUCCAGGGAGUCGCGGUACCUCCGGCUAGUUACAACGCCACCUCAGGCGAUACGUUCGUGACCACGCCCGAACUCUACACGGGCGUCCUCGACUUCAAGAUCGUGGAACCCUGCGACGCGAGCCUCGGCGACGUCAAGGGGCCGACAUGCGAGAGCCAGAAGAGCAAGGCCAAUGCCCAGUUUAACGCCAACCAAGCCGCCACGGCCCGGGGUAUCGCGACACAAAUGGCCGAGCCCUUCUUGGUCAAGGUCCCUCAAGCAGGUUUCGACGUCCCCAGCGCCACCGCCGACCCAAAGAACAUCCCCUUUGGCGUCCUGAUUGGCCAGCAGCCCAAGCAGUUUCCGCUUCCGUCUUCGAUCCUUGAAGCCCAGAACGGGCCCAAUGCAGCGCCUCCCGCGGUCACGCCGCCACCUUCGGGUGGAAACAACAGCGGCGAGGAUGCUCAGGACGGCGACGUGGUGGUCACCGAGACGUCGACGGUUCCCGAAGGCAUGGCCACCGUCACCAUCACUCGGCAAUCGAGCGGCGGCGCGGCUGCUGCGGCCAAGACGCCUGCGCCCAAGGCAAAGAUGGUUCGCGCCAGGCGGCCGGCUCACUGGUGAGCAGAGCAUGUAACUUGGCAAGGCUGGUUCAAGUGGCACAAGUAGUAUAUGAUGUUGACACGAUUUCUGAUCAUGUGUUGAUGCAUGCACGGCGCAUGGAUGGGGCGUUUGGGAUUUAGACUCGGGCUGGUUGCAUCGCAUGUGUUCUUCUGGGCGGCGACGCGGCCUUGCAUGGCAACAUGGAGAUACCCCUUUUCUUUUCCUCUCUCUAUCGUUUCAACACCCUCUCCUUCAUCCUCUUUUCG